UGGACGCCGAGAAGGCUGGGCCCUCUUGCUGGGUGAGAGCCGCCACCAUGAGGGCUCCGGCCCUGCUGUGGCCUGUCCUGCUGUUGCCACUACUCAUUGUGUUGUUUAGCCAACCUCCGAGGAGCCUGGUCCGGGCCCAGACCCAGGUCUGCUCUGUGAGCCAGAAUUUUGUCCAGGUGAAGGAGAAUGUGGAUGUUACUGACCCCCUGGUGAACAUUUCAGUCCCUGAGGGUCAGCAGGUGACCCUGGGAUCCUCGUCCACUCCCUCUGCCUUUCGGAUCCUAGAGAAUCAACUGUUUCUCAACGUGACUCCGGAUUAUGAGGAAAACUCAGUGCUGCAGGCAUACGUGGAGUGCAAGAGAGACAGUAUUUUGGUGACACAGCUGGUGGUGUUCGUAUCGGUCCUGGAUGUCAAUGACAAUGAACCAGAGUUCCCCUUUGAAGUCAAGGAAUGUAACGUGACAGAGGACACCAGAGUGGGUACAACUGUCAUCACUGAGGAAGGACUGCGGGCCACAGAUCCUGACAAAAAUGAUGUCCUGUUUUACACUCUCCAGGAAAUGACUCCCGAUGCCAGCAGUUUCUUUUACCUGAUGGGGCCAAAUCAACCUGCCCUGAUGCUGAACCGGACCCUGGAUUUCUACAAGAAUCAGAACAUGACCUUUCAGCUGCUAGUGCGGGAUACUUGGGAAGUGCUCACAGAGUCCAGCCACACAGCCACCGCGACCCUCAUCCUGAAUGUGCUGCCAGCUGACCUACGCCCCCCCUGGUUCCUGCCCUGUUCCUAUUCAGAUGACUACAACUGCGUCCAGGCCCAUUAUGAGGGUGCGGUCCCCAUAGGACAGAAACUGCCAUCUCCCCUCAUCUUGAGUCCUGGUCCCAUCUACGCUGUGGAUGGAGAUAAAGGCAUCAACCAGCGAAUCAUCUACAGCAUCAUAGCGGGAAAUACGGAUGAUACUUUCACCAUUGAUGCAAACUCUGGAAACCUCACCAUGGCCAAGGACAUCCUCAGCCCCACAACCUUCACCUUGGUGGUCAGGGCUGAUCAGGAGGAUAUGGCCCAAAACUCAGUGACACAGGUCACCGUGAAGGCCCAGGAUCUCACUGAGAGCCCAUUCCAGUUCUCUCGAAGCCUGUACCAUGGCACCGUGGCACUUGGCUCUGGGGCUGGCACCAGAGUGAUGGAUGCAGCCUCCCCCUCUGAGUCCCUGAGGAUCUGGGCUCAGUACCCAAACUAUCCGGACCUCAACUUGGCCAUCACAUAUCGAAUCACCAACUGCACAAAGUUUAAGAUGGACGAGGAUACCAUCCUGACCACCGAGGCUAUGGAGAAUGUAGAAGUCUUCUAUGCAGAGGUAGAAGCCACCGAGUCUUCAACGGGAGCAACAGCAACUACUGUUGUGGAGAUCCAGGUAUCAGAGCAGAAGACCCCCUCCACAGAGUUCCCCACAUCCCCAGAGACUGGAGGAACAGCUGGGUCCUUGAGCAGCACUACAUCAGAAGCCCCCAAGACCUCUGUGACCUCUCAGGGACCCACCACAACCAGCUCUGGGGGAAGUCCUGGCCCGCUCCCACCCUCAAGCACAACUCUAAGUCCACCUGCUUCAUCCACACCUGUGGAGCCCUCCACUGCUGGAAACAGCACCUCUUCCCAGCCAUCCACUCCCAGUGGGGACUCAACACAGACCCCCAGACCAGGAACCUCUCAGCCAGUGGUCCCCACUGCUGGAACUGGCACCUCCCCCAAGCCGGUCACACCCAGUGGGGGCUCAACACAGACCCCCAGACCAGGAACUUCUCAGCUGACGACCCCCACUGCAGGAACCAGCACUUCCCCGCAGCCAGCACAGACCCCCAAACCAGGAACCUCUCAGCCGACAACUACUGAGCCCAGCAGGACCCCUUUACCCUCAGGAGACAACGGUGAUGGUCAUUUUUCCACGGUGGACAUGGCUGUGCUGGGCGGGGUGCUGGGUGCGCUACUGCUGCUGGCCCUCAUCUGUCUGGCUGUCCUCAUCCAUAAGCACUACGGUCACCAGCUCAAUUGCUGCUCUGGCAAGGCUUCGGAGUUGUCAAGUGGCUUCGACAACGAUGCCUUCGUCCCAGACCGCAAGGCCAGCUGGACACCCACCUCUAGCCCAGAGCCCGAGCCAGGCCCUGUGCCGGCCAAGAGGCCCCCUUCGCCCCCCAGCAGUGCGCGCUCCAGCCCUGUGCCUCCUAGCUCUGAGCCCCUCAGCCUCGCAAGCGCUCCCGACACCCCCGAGACCGCCAGGGCCGGGGACAGUCCCUCAGCAGUGAGAUCUAUCUUGACUAAGGAGCGGCGGCCGGAGAGCGGCUACAAGGCCGUGUGGUUCGGCGAGGACAUCGGCGCCGAGGCUGAUGUGGUGGUCCUCAACGCGCCCACCGUGGAAAACGAAGGCAGCGAGGACGAGGGCCAGGACGAGAAUGACGGUCCUCACCACGGUGCGGAUGCCGACUCCACUUACAUCUAGCACAGCGCACCCCAAGCCAGUCUGAAGCAGGGUGGGCCCGGCCCCUGUCAUUGCCUCCGCAGAAUAAAGUAACCAUUUUGAAUGCCGAA